UAAAUAACAAAACAUUUUUGCAUUAGAAUUCACGUAAACAAUUAAAAUGAGUGUAAAAAUAUUCUUGCCGCAAAAUUUAUUCUACGUUAAAGAAAAUUGUGAUAUUUACGGUGAAAUAAAAAUUGGUGAACACAAUUGCAUAUCCUACUACAUAACAUGUGCCAUAUACACCGCAAAAUAUGCUAAGCCACUUGACCAAGAGGACGAGGCUGACGAAAAGCGAUUAAACGAUAAAGAAUUUAUAAAACGAUUUAGGCAUUUGGGUCACAUUGUCAAUGCUCAAGCUCCAACACAUCAAUGUUACCAAGAUGUAGCCUUAGUUUUUGGUUACGACAAGCAAACGCCCAACAUUUAUUUGAAUAAGCUAAGUAUAAAGGCCCAAGAAACAGGCAAAAUAAAUGUCUUCCUUUACGAUGAGAGAAGAGUUUUAAAAUUGCAAGACUUGAAAGAGGAAAUGCACGAAACACUAUCAAGACCUAUGACGAAACAAGAAGAGAAUUCCAAAGAAAGUGAUGACACAUUCCCCAAUAAUGAUAUGCAUUAUCUAUUUCAAUUGCUGCAAACCAAAGAAAAUGUCAAAUCUACUGCACAUGAUUUUGCAUCGGGAGAUUUCUUUUUAUUUGAUGUCAAACGUUGCCUCUUCAGGUGUUUUGAAUUCCUUUUCCAUUUUAUGAUGUGGAUCUUGACAAUAUUUUUGUAUCAGCCGCCAUUUAAAUAUAUCUUCCAGCAUACGGUGUUAUGUGAACACUAUAAGGAGUGGUUAAAGUUUCGACAAUGUGGAAAAAGACGUUUGAACAUAGCUUUCGACACAUUUUUGGGACUUUCUGUUAUGGUAAUUCUAGUAUUUUACAUCGAAAGCCCAGGAGACUACCUUAUUGCUGCUUCACAUUUUGUAGUAACAAAAUUUAGAAUACUCCUGCUUUCUUUGGAAGGAUCACCUAUAGGUUUGAAAUUAAAUGUACAACUCAAUCAUUUCUUGCUCAAAUGUUUCGGCUAUCACGUCGAAUUAUGGGAUACAUUUUUAAAUGAAAUCGAACCAUGUAUACGACACUUGUUUAUACCCAUAACAUUUUUGGGUUCAAUGGGCCUGUCAUAUCAAUUGGCCUUGUUGACUGACAUCAUUUCAGUUAUUGGAUUACAUGCUCAUUGCUUUAGCAUUUAUGCAUCAGUAUUAUAUAAGGUAGAAAUUAAAGGCAUACAAGUAUUAUGGAAAAUGUUUUUAGGCAAACGAAAAAACGUUUUAAAAAACCGCGUAGAAUCACAUAGUUAUAUGAAUCGACAAUUAUAUUUGGGAACAGUUUUCUUUGCCUGUUUGUUGUUUCUAUUCCCAACAAUACUUACCUACUACGUUGUCUUUACCUCACUAAGACUGUGCAUUAACUUUGUCAGUUUCAUUUUGAAAACUGUACGAAGACAAAUAUUAGAAUUUCCUAUGGAAAUGUUAUUAAAUUGGAGCAUUAGUUGCUUCUAUGAUACCGAAUCAUUACAACUAGAUUAUAUUCAACACAAACCACCACCUGCCUUGCUAAAGGUAGAUAUGGAAAUGUGUGUUUUUAAAAUAGGAGUUAAUUCAUCUUCCUUGGGGCGAGUGUUAUCAUGUCGUAGUGGCGUCCUGCAAGAGUUAGUAGCAAACGAAAAUAAUUCCAUUAAAGCAAUAUGCCAAAAAAUAUUGACUGGUACAUUUUAAGGGAAAAUAUAUACAAAGCUUCCUUAAUAAUUGACAAUGGAAUAAAUAACUUA